UGCAAGUGCUCCGUCUGGUCAGCGUGUCGCUCUCCAGGAUAUUCGGCAAAAGGUCGGUUAUUUUGGCUAUCUGCUUUGAAAUUUUAACUCGGGGUUAAUUUUAAACGUGUAGGGCCUCCAUUCGACGCGGUGGUUGGGUUUAACUAGGGCUAUUUUAUUAAUUUAGUUCAUCGCUUGUCAGAUGCUGCCCGUUGGCCGGGUAUGAGCCAUGGCGCAGCUCGGUUGCUGUAGCCAUGCCUAACACAAGGCAAACCCAUGCCAUCUCCCCGUCCCCGAAGCGCCAAACUGGUGUCGGGCAUUCGCCGCGGUCACAAGCGUCCGAUUUUUCCGAGGACGGGGAUGCGGUGAUCGAGAGAUUCUGUCAAAUGAUUGAUAAAAUACCGGAGAACUUGGAAACCCAGUCUCCGGCUGGCGGGGAAGAGGAAGAGGCCCUAUCCUCUGUAUCUGAAACCACUGCUGUAGCCGUGACGCUUCCCGCGGGUCUUGGCAGCCGUAUCCAGCGACGCAUCCGCGAUAUCGAGGUUGAGAUUUUAACUUAUUGCACGGCUACAGUGAAGAAGGUGCCUGUAGAGGCUCGCAAGUUUAUCAUGUCCAAAAUCUUUGAGCUGGUUGAGUACUGUUCUGACUUGAGGGCGGACGCGGCCACGGAGCGCGGCGCGGCGCUUGCCUUGCAGGGGCAACUCGUGGACGCGCGUCGCGAGAAUUCGGCCCUGCGAGCGAAGCUGCAUACCCGGCCGACGGCCGCCCUCCAGGACGACGACUUCACGGUCCUGGGCGAAGCCUCCCAUGCCGGACCUGACUCCUCCGUGCCCGCUGCUGACGUCGGUGCUGUUGGCGGCCUAUUGGGGAUGCCGGCGGCGGGGUCGCCGGGCGGGCGCUCCUACGCGGCGGCCCUCGGCGCGGGCCUUGCGCGUGCUCGUACGGGACGGCCCGUUGCGACGGCGCCUCCGGCGGUGGCGCGCCCGACACACGAUCACGUGGCGUUCCUGACGCCGGUCGCCCAGACGGCGACGCCGGCGAGGGACGUCCUUCGACUUUCGAAAACGAAUAUCGAUCGCGGUGCCAAGCAGAUCAAAGACAUCAGCGUGCACCAUACGCGAUACGAGUGGAGCUACUGCAGUUUGCCGCGGGGGCACCGCGCUGCACUCGCCGCCGCAGUACCCGUGUCGUCCCUGGCUCGGUACUGCACUACCUUCGGGUUCGGCCCGCCAUUCCUUUCCGGAGGUCGCCGCUAUGUACUGUGCACCAUGCCGUGUGUACUGCGGCGCACACACCGUGAGAAGGACACGGCAACACCGUCCAGCUCCGUGUUUGUGUACUUCCGUGCACUGGUUUUUUCUUUUCUCUCUUUCUUUCAUUUUCCCUUUGCUUUUCUUUUGUUUGUUUCUUUAUUUACUCAUUUCUUGCUUUGUUACUCUUUUAUUUUUAUUUUUUUCUGUUCUUUUAUCAUCUUCAUGGGCGUGCCCAUGCCCUCACGUCUCCGCCUCAUUUAUUCAGUAAACCAUAGCCCUGUGCGAUUUUUCCAAUUGGCUUUUCUUCAAAAACAAGGUCGCGGGAUCGAAUCCCGGCCACAGCGGCCGCAUUUCGAUGGGGGCGAAAUGCAAAAACACCCGUGUGCUUAGAUUUAGGUGCACGUUAAAGAA